AACUCCCUCUCAUCAACAAUCUGCCCUGAGACGGUGAACAACUGGCUUCAGGCCCCACAGCUCAUAUAUGGAGGGAAUGUGGACUUCCUUGUGUUUGACUACCUCUCUGAGAUCACCAUGUCUCUGCUCACAGCUGCCAAAGCCAAGGUCCCUAAUCUAGGGUAUGCACCAGAUUUUGUCCAAGCUGCCAUAGCACCGUUCAUCAAAGACAUCCAUAAGAAAGGUAUACGUGUGGUGAGCAACGCUGGUGGCGUGAACCCUCUCGCCUGUGCUGCCGCAUUACAGGAAGUAGCCCAGAAGGCCGGCCUCAACAUGAAGAUUGCUGUGGUGACCGGAGAUGACCUCAUGCCUCAGAAAGACUCCCUGGGAAAGGUCAGAAUGGUGGACACAGACGGACAGAAGUCUCUACCUAAAAUGCUCCACAGCAUGAACGCCUACCUUGGUGCUAUGCCCAUUAAACGUUGCUUGGACCAGGGGGCAGAUAUCGUGGUGACCGGCCGCUGUGUGGACAGUGCCGUGGUGUUGGGCCCUCUAAUGCACUCGUUCGGUUGGGAUCAGAGUAACUAUGACCUUUUGGCUGCUGGAAGUCUGGCUGGUCACCUGGUAGAGUGCGGGGCCCAGAGCACUGGAGGGAUCUUCACUGACUGGCAUCAGGUGCCUGACUGGGACAACAUGGGUUUCCCCGUUGUCGAGUGCUCAUCGGACGGCUCCUUCAUUCUGUCCAAACCUCCUCGGACUGGCGGCAUUGUGUCCUUCGGCACAGUGGCCGAGCAGCUUGUUUACGAAAUCGGUGACCCGCGGCGCUAUCUCCUUCCCGAUGUGACAUGUGACUUCUCCCAGGUCACCAUCAUCGAAGUGCCAGGAGUAAAGGGAGGUGCUGUGAAAGUAGGCGGAGCCAGAGGCCUACCGCCAUCAGCAGAUUAUAAGGUGUGUGCCACAUACAUGGAUGGCUUUAGGGCCACAGCGGUGUGUCCAGUGAGCGGGCCCAGAGCAGCUGAGAAGGGAAGACGUACAGCUGAGAGCAUCAUCAAGAGAGUCAGGCGUAUAUUCAAGCAACUAGGCAUGGAGGACUUCAGCGCAGUGAACAUCCAGGCGCUGGGAGCAGAGGACACUUACGGACCUCACGCCUCUGGCAAAAGUACCAGAGAGACUGUUCUAUGGAUGGCCGUCCAUCAUAAACAAAAGAAGGCGCUGGAGAUGUUCGCCAGGGAGAUAGCACCUGCUGGAACAGGCAUGGCUCCUGGGCUCCUGGGGAUCGUAGGGGGCAGGCCUAGAGUGUCACCCGUGCUGAAGGCCUUCUUCUUUCUCCAUCCUAAAGCAGAAGUCAAGGUUGACAUCCACCUCAAUGGGGAGCUGGUGGAGACACGUGCAGAAGUGACCCCGUCCUCAUCUCAAAAAACCCUCUCCCCACCCCCACCCUCCGAGACCCCAUCUGCAGAUCUGCCCAGCGGCCCUCACAACUAUCGUCUUGAAGACUUGGCCUACACCAGGAGCGGGGACAAAGGUGACUCUGCUAACAUCGGAGUCAUUGCGCGGCAUCCCCUCUUCUACCCGUACCUGAAGAAGCACCUGAGUGCCUCAGUGGUGGAGGAGUACUUCCAGCACCUCAUCCAGCAGGACCACCCCCACAGGCCAGCAGUCACCAGGUUUGAGUUGCCUGGCAUCAAUGGCCUUAACUUUCUUCUACAAAAUUCGCUUGGUGGGGGAGGGGUAGCAUCACUGCGCAGUGACCCUCAGGGCAAAGGUUAUGGCCAGAUGCUGCUGGACUACAAACUGAAGGGACUGCCUGAUCUGAAGUCACUGGUGGACUAAAACAGUGCCUCUUAUGUUUAACAUUUGAACAUUGGUAACACUUUAAUGAACUGAAUAUUUUUAUAUCCAUUAAAACAUUUGAAUGCUAUGUCGGAAAAAUAACUGUAUAGAGAUUUCAUUUUAUAUCAUAAAAUGAAUUAAGAUUAAAAUAUCUAAAAUAUUAAUAUCUUCA